AUGCAAUCCUCAUUUGUCGCAACUUUCAUACCUCAGGUUCAUGAAGAACACGUGAACAGGAUUAAGGAGCUCAUUGUGUUGUACGGCGGCAAUAUCAGACAUAGUCAGAAUCUCUGGCUGGAAUUUGAAAUUGACGAUUCAACGCUCUUUUGGACCAGCACCAAGAACGACCCUUUUAUUCGCAAUAUCUUCAAGGCUAUGCCAGUGAGACGCUAG